UGCUUUCGACAUGUAAACCGAAGGUCCACGAUUGCAACUCGAAUUUUCCGUCAACCUCCCGAAAGUCGCGCGAAUCCUUCGCUAUUCUGGCGGCCGCUUAUCGUUUCCGUGAAACGUCACGAUUAUUCUGGGAAGGACGUGCGUACAUAUGUUCAUGAGCGUUCUAAUGUUGGUACUAUUUGCCGCUACGCGCCAGAGAAUAACAAGGCGACGAUCAUCGCUGGUCACUGUCGCUUAUUGAUUUCCUGAUUUUGUAAAGAUAUAUAUUCCUCGCAUAAAUACCGCGGGACACGAUAUGCCAGCGUGAUUGAGCAGGUACUUGUCGAUCGAGAAUUCUUGUUUUGACAACAUUUGUAGAAAAUUCCUUACGCGAGAAAAAGGAGAAAAAAAAAGAAUUGUUGCUGCUUUUGGAGAAAAUGAAAUGCCAUUAGAAGAAAAAAAAACAAGAAAAUGAUUCGGCAUAGCCCGAACAUAAAGUUAUGAAUGAACAUGUUUUCCGAAUGAUUAUACGCCUCUGCUGCGAUUUUUGUGCGGAUGUGACGUACUUCGUGCAAUUGAAAUAAUUGAAUUCUAUCACGCGGAUCGACGAAAUGGCUGAUACGGAUCCGCAAUUUAAACGCCUUUUACUGCCAGCGGAGGAAACUCUGUUUGAACAAUUGCUGAGAUUCGGUCUCUACUUAGGUGCAGUGUUCCAAAUCAUGUGCUUGUUAGCUAUAGUCGUUUAUCAGGCUGGUCCAUCCGAUGGUGUGGCAGCUUUAAAGGAUGACCCAAGUGAUGUCGAAUGUUCUGAAAAUAGUCCUCAAGUGACACCAAGAAGACCUCAUCGGCCACGAAAACAGGAGAAAAAGAAGAGGCGUUGAAAUGUUCACAUUUCCUGUGACAAUACUCUGAUUUUACUCUCAUGAUCUUACAUCAGAUGUUUUCUAUUUGGUGACAUAAGUGUUGUGUUUGCUACUCAUAAAAUGUAAGCAAAAAAAAUAAGAGGACAAUGUUUGUCUUAACUAUUGUCAUUAAAUGA